AUGGCUGAGGUAGAAGAAACGAAGACCCAGCGUGCAGCUCGCCUAAGGCGGGAGAAGCGAGCUGCGAAGAUAGCGGCCACUGGAAAUGCGCGAUUAGACAAGAUAACAGGUAUCAGUGGCCGUUCAAUGUCAUUUCGUGAGGACUCCCCAUCUGCUAGAAACACUCCAAGCCCUCCAAGAUAUGCCUCUCCUCCCGCACAAUCGCCGCCACGGCAACAGCCGCCGUUGGGAACAUCUCCUGGGCUAGGAAUGCCCCCCAAUACCGGAGAUAGCUCCCCACAGUCUAUCAAGGAGCAAGAGGAGUAUAUAAGGGCCCUUCUUCGAUCUCAACAGCCGCCUCCCUCGGCAGGAGACAACGCAGAUCCAACGACAAAACUUCUUAGCAAUCUACUUGGUAUGCCUCCACCCGGGGCUGGCAUGACAACCCCAGGGGGAACACCUUCCUUUCAGCCCACGACUGGUGAUGCUCCGGAGCUCUCUCCCAAUGACAUAGCUUCGGCCCUUGGAAUCUCCCCUUCCAUGGCCAAUAUAUUUCUGCAAGCCAAAGCUGGGCCCGCCUCGCCGUCCGCCCAACGGAACAACUCGAUAUGGAAAGCCGCUCAUAUUGUCUUUGCAACGGCUACAAGUUUAUAUUUCUUGAUGCUUCUGCAGUCAACUAUUAAUCUUUAUGGUGGCGGCGAUCGACUACCGCCUCCCGCAACCGUGCAGAACCCGUUUCUUAUCCUCGUUAUGGGCGAGUUGCUACUUAUUGGAACACGAGAGAUAUUUAUGAAUAAUGAUGGCAAUGGAGCCGGUAGUGGUGUUAUCGGUGUGCUCAAGACGGGCAGACGCGUGCUGUCUGACCUUCUAAGGGACGGCAAGAUAAUGAUUUUUAUACUGGGCAUCGGGUCCCUAUGGAUGAAUAACUGGGGAAAGGUCAAAACAGAAUAA